AUGUCAAGGUACAUGAAUCUGACAGUUGUUGAGGUGCAGGGUCCUGACCGAAUUCUUGCUAGAGAAACUCCAGGUCCUACUGCAUCUGAUGAGACUAUGGAAUAUGUUUCUUUUUUUAAAGAAAUGAAUGAUUAUUUUAAUAAUGAUGUUUUAACUUUUGAGAGUCACUCUCCUAAACCUAAUGAGAUUUGUGCAGCACUUCAUAGUCAAAAUAAUAAAUGGUAUAGAGUACGAGUCAGAGAGAUCCUGAUGACCUUGAGUGGUGCCAAAGCAGAUUGUUUGUUUUUGGACACUGGCGAAAAACAAAUGGUCCAAACAGUAAAAAUUCAGAAAAUUCCUGAAAGAUUUCUGACCCUUCCAUUUCAAAUAAAAGUUUUUGCUUUGUAUGGUCUUCAGCCACUCUCUCUUGUUCUUGACUCCACAAUGAGAGUUUCCAACAGGCCUUGCAAGAAAUGGGAUAAAUCUGCAGCUACUUACAUUAAAAAGAUGAUUAACCAUGCAAGUGCCAUCCAAGCUGUAAUAAAAUCCAAGGGAGAAGGAAGUGUGCUGCUUACUAUGAUUUAUCUCAGGUUCUUUGACAAUGAUGAAAUCGUGUCACUCAAUGAUGAACUGAUUAAUAAGGGUUAUGCCAUCAAAGAUCCUCAACUCACAAAACUCUCAGAUAAAGAAACAAAUGCUUUCCUACAAGAUGAUUUGCUGACAAAAGAUGGUUUGAAAUAUUGGCCCUUUUUUUCUCUCUCUCUCUCUCUCUCUCUCUCUCUCUCUCAUAAACCAUUUUGA